CAGCAUAACUGAACAAAGACAUCAUGAAAAACAGGACCCAAUGAAUGCUUGGGCACACCUCCGUCAGAAAAUCAUUAUCCAAACAGAGCUUUCCCAGCUCGGACUGCACUAUGAUUGACAUGAAAGUUUAGCGAAUACAAGAAGUAGAAACGACUUAGGGGCGUGUUCAGGAAGAGAGUGGUUACAUUUUCCUGUAAUGGCGGACCAGACAGAGAGCGAGACUAUCGGGUUCAGCGACAACAGAAUGGUGCAACAGGCAGUGCGUUUCCGCGGCCCUGCGCCUGCACCAGCGCCUGCCCAGACCCCAGUGUUACGAGGCCCACCACCACUCCUUAGGCCACCGCCACCUCCUUUUGGGAUGAUGAGGGGACCCCCGCCCCGACCCCCAUUUGCACGCCCACCCUAUGACCCCAACAUGCCGCCCAUCCCACCACCAGGAAGCAUGCCUCCACCCAUUGGACCUCCACAUCUACAGAGACCUCCAUUUCUACCCCCUCCCAUGGGAAACCUGCCGCCGCCUCCAGGAAUGCUGUUUCCUCCUGGGAUGCCCCCGGUUCCUGCAUCUGGAGCCCCUGCACUCAACCCUGCGGAGGAGAUAUGGGUAGAGAACAAGACACCAGAGGGAAAGGCAUAUUACUACAACGCCAGGACCAGAGAGUCAUCAUGGAGUAAACCGGAUGGUGUAAAGAUCAUCCAGCAGUCUGAACUAAACCCUCUUCUUGUAGCGGGGUCUGCAGGGCCUGGUCCAAGUGUGGGGGUGACUGCAGCUGCCAGCUCAAGCAGUGUCAACACCACAGCCAGCACAGCAGCCACGUCCUCCCCUACUCAGGCCAUGUCCACAACCCCGUCCCGCACACUCGCUUCCAGUCCAGACUCCACCAGCCUCUCCCCCUCUGUGACCAAUGCAGCCACUGUUGUAGCAGACCUAUCCCCUGUUGCCACAGCUUCCUCAACUGUUGCUGUGUCUCCAGUCACUGUGGUAACUGUUUCCACGGUGCCGUCACCUGUUACGGCUGUGCAGACAAUGCCACUGCUGCCUGCAGGCAUGCCCCACAAUGUGGCCCAGCCCACCGCGACCAUGCCUGCCUUCCCCCCUGUCAUGGUGCCUCCUUUCAGGGUGCCCUUGCCAGGCAUGCAUAUCCCUCUACCAGGUGUAGCAAUGAUGCAGAUAGUAGGUGCCCCCUGUGUAAAGGCAGGCCCCAGCCCCAACGAUCCGAGGUUCUCAAUCUUUUUUCAGCCAAGGACCCCUUACAAGAUAGAGAAUAUACCGGGGAACCCUUCAUGCAUGCUUCCUGGCAUGGGUCCGCCUUUAGUUUCCAUGAUGCACCCACAUCUGGCUCUCUCGGCAGCUCCUGCCUCCAUGGCCGGAUCAUUGCAGCUGCCCGAGUGGUCAGAGUACAAAACAGCUGAUGGGAAAACGUACUAUUACAACAACCGAACACUGGAGUCCACCUGGGAGAAACCACCAGCCCUGGUGGAGAAAGAAAAAGAAGCAGAAAGGGUCAAGGAACGUCUGGCUCAGGAGGAGGCUGAGGCGAUGGAGAUGGAGGACGAGGAGAACAAAACAGACAACACUAACAAUGACAAGGAGGAACCAAAAGAAGAAGAGAUGACAGAGGAGGAAAAAGCAGCUCAGAAAGCCAGACCUAUAGCCACCAACCCUAUCCCUGGCACACCAUGGUGUGUGGUAUGGACGGGCGACGAUCGAGUGUUCUUCUACAAUCCGACAACACGGCUGUCCAUGUGGGACCGGCCCGAGGAGCUGGUUGGUCGAGCUGAUGUCGACAAGCACAUCCAGGAGCCGCCGCACAAGAGAGGCCUGGGGGACAACAAGAAGACAGUCACAGGUGUCAAUAAGGAGGAGCCAGAACUGACCAUUGCUACUGAAGAGAAUCAGGAUGAGGAGCCAUCCAAAGCCAAAAAGAGAAAGAAGGAGGACGUAAAGGAGGCCGACUCUGAGAAGGAAGCAGCAAUGGAGGCAGAGCUCAGAGCUGCCAGAGAACGAGCUAUAGUGCCGCUAGAGGCCCGGAUGACCCAGUUCAAAGAAAUGUUGCUGGAGAGAGGGGUGUCUGCAUUCUCGACUUGGGACAAAGAGCUUCAUAAGAUUGUGUUUGACCCACGUUACCUUCUGCUCAACCCAAAAGAGAGGAAACAGGUAUUUGAUCAGUAUGUGAAGACGCGAGCGGAGGAGGAGAGGAAGGAGAAGAAGAACAAACUGAUGCAGGCCAAAGACGAGUUCAGGAGGAUGAUGGAGGAAGCAAAGUUUACACCAAGAACAACAUUUAGCGAUUUUGCAGUGAAGCACGGCCGAGAUCCGCGAUUUAAGACCAUAGAAAAGAUGAAGGACAGGGAGGCGAUCUUCAUGGAAUUCAUGACCGCUAUGAGGAAGAGAGAGAAAGAGGACUCUAAGUCCAGAGGAGAGAAGGUGAAGCAAGACUUCUUUGAUCUCCUAAGUGAGCAGCACAUAGAGGGAGGCCAGCGGUGGAGCAAAUUGAAAGAGAGGCUAGAGACUGACCCACGAUACAAGGCUGUAGAGAGCUCCGCGCUCAGAGAAGAACUUUUCAAACAGUACAUGGAAAAACAAGCCAAGAGUGUGGACAUCGAUAAGGAGAGAGAGCUGGAGCGGCAGGCCCGAAUCGAGGCCAGUCUCAGAGAGAGGGAGCGAGAGGUGCAGAAGGCCCGAUCAGAACAGACCAAAGAGAUCGACCGAGAAAGGGAGCAGCACAAGAGGGAGGAGGCCAUCCAGCAUUUCAAAGCUCUCAUGUCGGACAUGGUACGGUCUUCAGAUGCAACGUGGUCAGACACACGUCGCAACCUGCGGAAGGACCAUCGCUGGGAAUCAGCCUCACUGCUAGAGAGAGAGGAAAAGGAGAAGCUAUUCAACGACCAUGUAGAAGCACUGGCCAAGAAGAAGAAAGAACAUUUUAGGCAGCUGUUGGAUGAGACCAGCAUGGUGAGAAGUAAAAAGAUCACUCUGACAACCACAUGGAAGGAGGUGAAGAAGGUUAUAAAGGAGGACCCUCGCUGUAUUAAGUUCUCCUCCAGUGACAGAAAGAGACAGCGGGAGUUUGAAGAUUACAUCAAAGACAAGUACAUCACAGCCAAAGCUGACUUCAGAACCCUGCUAAAGGAGACAAAGUUCAUCACAUACAGGUCGAGAAAGCUGAUCCAGGAGUCUGAGCAGCAUCUGAAGGAUGUGGAGAAGAUCCUCCAGAACGACAAGCGGUACCUUGUUCUGGAGUGUGUCCCUGAGGAGCGCAGGAAGCUCAUCAUGUUCUACAUCGAAGAUCUAGACCGCCGUGGCCCACCGCCUCCCCCCACUGCCUCUGAGCCCACCCGCCGCUCUACAAAGUGACCAAUCAUAUCAUCGUCUUGGCCGGUUUCUACUCCUUGCCCUCCCAUUGGCCAGAGCAUGAUCUCCCCCAAACUCCCCCUGAACCCCGCCCUCCAGGCCCACGGCUGGCCUUGCAGAGUUAUUGCUGGGGCUCAUGUUGCUUAGACAUGAACUAUAGAGAUGAACGGUUUAGGUCUCUGUGUUAUGUCACCUCUUAGCCCUGAAAUAGCCCUGUAUUUAAGGCCACGGCAAGAAACAAAGGUUACCUGAUCUUGUGGUGACCCCAAAGGCCUCACCUCUGACUGACCACAAUAGAGGGAGAGGGGAUAGUGAUUAGGCUGCUGCCUGAGCAGCCACAGAGUGUAAGAUAGCUGAUGUAA